AUGAAUGAUGUAGUUUGUACAGAUGAACUGACACCUUGUGGUACACAACAUAUUGAUCAGGUUAACCUGUCUUAUCUGACACCCUGUGGUACACAACAUAUUGAUCAUGUUAACCUGUCUAAUCUGACACCCUGUGGUACACAACAUAUUGACCAGGUUAACCUGUCUAAUCUGACACCCUGUGGUACACAACAUAUUGAUCAUGUUAACCUGUCUAAUCUGACACCCUGUGGUACACAACAUAUUGAUCAUGUUAACCUGUCUAAUCUGACACCCUGUGGUACACAACAUAUUGAUCAUGUUAACCUGUCUUAUCUGACACCCUGUGGUACACAACAUAUUGAUCAUGUUAACCUGUCUAAUCUGACACCCUGUGGUACACAACAUAUUGACCAGGUUAAUCUGUCUUAUCUGACACCCUGUGGUACACAACAUAUUGAUCAGGUUAACCUGUCUUAUCUGACACCCUGUGGUACACAACAUAUUGAUCAGGUUUACCUGUCUUAUCUGACACCCUGUGGGACACAACAUAUUGAUCAGGUUAACCUGCCUUAUCUGACACCCUGUGGGACACAACAUAUUGACCAGGUUAAUCUGUCUUAUCUGACACCCUGUGGUACACAACAUAUUGAUCAGGUUAACCUGUCUUAUCUGACACCCUGUGGGACACAACAUAUUGACCAGGUUAACCUGUCUAAUUUGACACCCUGUGGUACACAACAUAUUGAUCAGGUUAACCUGUCUUAUCUGACACCCUGUGGUACACAACAUAUUGAUCAGGUUAACCUGUCUAAUCUGACACCCUGUGGUACACAACAUAUUGAUCAGGUUAACCUGUCUAAUCUGACACCCUGUGGUACACAACAUAUUGAUCAGGUUAACCUGUCUUAUCUGACACCCUGUGGGACACAACAUAUUGAUCAUGUUAACCUGUCUAAUCUGACACCCUGUGGUACACAACAUAUUGACCAGGUUAACCUGUCUAAUCUGACACCCUGUGGUACACAACAUAUUGAUCAUGUUAACCUGUCUAAUCUGACACCCUGUGGUACACAACAUAUUGAUCAUGUUAACCUGUCUAAUCUGACACCCUGUGGUACACAACAUAUUGAUCAUGUUAACCUGUCUUAUCUGACACCCUGUGGUACACAACAUAUUGAUCAUGUUAACCUGUCUAAUCUGACACCCUGUGGUACACAACAUAUUGACCAGGUUAAUCUGUCUUAUCUGACACCCUGUGGUACACAACAUAUUGAUCAGGUUAACCUGUCUUAUCUGACACCCUGUGGUACACAACAUAUUGAUCAGGUUUACCUGUCUUAUCUGACACCCUGUGGGACACAACAUAUUGACCAGGUUAACCUGUCUUAUCUGACACCCUGUGGGACACAACAUAUUGACCAGGUUAAUCUGUCUUAUCUGACACCCUGUGGUACACAACAUAUUGAUCAGGUUAACCUGUCUAAUCUGACACCCUGUGGUACACAACAUAUUGAUCAGGUUAACCUGUCUUAUCUGACACCCUGUGGUACACAACAUAUUGAUCAGGUUAAUCUGUCUAAUCUGACACCCUGUGGUACACAACAUAUUGAUCAGGUUAACCUGUCUUAUCUGACACCCUGUGGUACACAACAUAUUGAUUAGGUUAACCUGUCUUAUCUGACACUGUAGAGCAUAGUAUAUUUGUACAAAAGUCAGAAUAUGUAGGUUUGUAUUGGACAGGUCACAUAAAAAAGAGCAGUGUAUGUCUUCUGUCACAGAAUGAUCUGAAGGACUUUCUAAACAAAUAAGUUAUGUUGGCAUCGAGUAUCAAUAAGGUCAAAGAUAGUAGUGUCUAUUCUAAUUACUCCGUCCUUGUAUUUGUAGAUAUUUCAUAGAUACAUGAUGUAUGUAUAUUUUUGUAUAUAAUUUAUAUUAUUGAAUGAAAAUGUAAUAGGUAAAUAAAAAAACUUACGAUA